UCACUCUUCUUGAGUGUCUCUUCUUUUGUCAGCUUCUCUUUCUCUCUCUCUCUCUUUCGCUCUGAUCUUUUUAAAGAUAGCAACAUCUAAAACCAGCAAAACCACAUUUUCUUUCUUACUUCUCCUCUGUCCUUUCUAUUUCCAGAGUCCAGUAGUUUACUUAGAGAGAGGGAUGAGCAGAAGCCUCUCUUUCUCUGUCUGAGUAAAAGAAGAAACCAUAAUGGAGUUGUUGAUGGGUUCGGGUCAGGCCGAGUCGGGUGGUUCUUCUUCCACUGAGUCAUCUUUACUCAGUGGUGGACUCAGGUUUGGUCAGAAGAUCUACUUCGAGGAUGGAUCCGGAUCCGGAAGCAAGAACCGGGUCAGUACAGGUCAUAAAUCUUCGAUGACGACGGUGGCGAGGUGCCAAGUGGAAGGUUGUAAAAUGGAUCUAAGCAAUGCAAAAGCUUAUUACUCAAGACACAAAGUUUGUUGCAUUCACUCUAAGUCAUCUAAAGUCAUUGUCUCUGGUCUUCAUCAAAGGUUCUGCCAACAAUGCAGCAGGUUUCACCAUCUUUCUGAGUUUGACUUAGAGAAACGAAGUUGUCGCAGAAGACUCGCUUGUCAUAACGAACGACGAAGAAAGCCACAACCCGCAACUCUUUUCACUUCUCAUUACACUCGAAUCGCUCCAUCUCUUUACGGAAACGCCAAUGCUGCAAUGAUUAAAAGCGUUUUGGGAGAUCCCACGGCGUGGUCAACCUCGAGGUCAGUGAUGCGAAGUUCUGGACCUUGGCAAAUCAACCCGGUAAAGGAAAGCAAUCAACUCAUGAAUGUUUACUCACAAGAAAGCUCAAGUUUUACUAUAACAUGUCCAGAGAUGAUGAACAACAAUAGCACAGACUCAGGCUGUGCUCUCUCUCUUCUGUCAAACUCAAACCCGAUUCAACAGCAGCAACAACAACCUCAGACACAAACCAAUAUAUGGCGAUCAUCUUCAGGUUUUGACUCUAUGAUCCUCGAUAGGGUUACAAUGGCUCAGCCACCGCCCAUUUCAGGCCAUCAUCAGUACCUGAACCAAACUUUGGCAUUUAUGGCGGGUGAAAAGAGCAAUUCACAUUACAUGUCUCCUGUUUUGGGACCGAGCCAAAUCUCUGAGCCAGAUGAAUUUCAGAUAAGCAAUGGCACCACAAUGGAUGGAUUCGAGUUGUCUCUUCAUCAGCAGGUUCUGAGGCAAUACAUGGAGCCUGAGAACACAAGAGCUUAUGACUCCUCUCCUCAUUAUUUCAAUUGGUCUCUUUGAGUUUUUUUCUCUUUCGCCCUUUAAAGACUUUCUUUUGGUAUAACUUGUUCAGCUCCACCAAGAGCUUACUCUGUGGAAGGUUGCUACCAACUAUCAAGUCCUAUCAGUUAGUUGUUCUAUGCUACUUAAAACUAAGCAAUGAUGUUUGAUAAUGGCGUUCAAGUUUGGAUUUUAUUUUAA